AUGAAAUUGUCCAGCUCGCUUUUGAUCUCUGCCGCAGUCGCUUCUAGUACUGUCAACGCACAAAAUCUUUACGGAUUAGGGUACGUUAAUACGACCAGUUCUGCCUCACUGGCUCCAGCUGAGUCUAGCAGAGUUUUAUCUAGCUCUAGUGAGGCCGUCUCCUCUAGCGUCGUUCCAUCUUCAGCUUCGUCUCUCAGCAGCGAGGCUGUUUCCUCCAGCGUGGUCCCAUCUUCCAGUGUGGUUCCUUCUUCCGUUUCGUCUGUCAGCAGUGAAGCUGUCUCCUCCAGUGUAGUUAGUGCUCCAACCAUCUCGUACCCUUACAACGUCACAACAGGUUACACUACUGAAACUACCGUGGUUACUGAAUUCACUACAUACUGUCCAGAACCAACCACCAUCACCACCAAUGGUAAGACCAUUACAGUCACUGCCCCAACUACUUUGACUAUAACGGACUGCCCAUGCACAUUGACACACACCAAGCCAGUCAAGACCGAAUGGACCACAACGACUGAAGUUGUUACCAAGUUGACCACCUACUGUCCAGAGCCAACAACCAUCACCACCAACGGUAAGACUAUCACCGUUUCCACCCCUGGUCCUGUGACGAUCACUGACUGUCCAUGCACUGUCACCAAGCAAGUUCCUAAGGAUGAGGGUCACGCCACCACUACUCCAGGUAAGGCUCCAGCUGUUACCACUGCUACUGCCAAGGCCGAACCCAAGGCUCCAGCUACCACUGCUACUGCCAAGGCUGAGACCAAGGCUCCAACAACCGUCGCUAUUGCUACCUCCAAGUCUGCUGCUCCAGCUUCUGUCAAACCUCAAGUGUCCACAAACUUCAACGCUGGUAACGCUUUGGUCCCAUCCUUCGCUGGUCUUCUAGGUGCUGGUCUUCUUCUGUUAUAA